GGAAGCACAUCUACUUUUUCCCUCAUCCUCAGGGCACAGUCCUUUCAGGAAAGUGUACUCCUUUUCUGAUACUUAUUUUUCUCCAGUUGCUUGCUUCUAUUAGAAGCUCUAUAGUCCCUGUAGCUUUCCCCUAUGAGGGAGAUUUACAUCCAUGAAAGUCAUUUGGAUUUGGAUUUGCAGAAGUUAUUGCUAUUGGGAAUAUUUGAAGUAACAUGCUUCUUGCUCUUCUUGAAACUCCUACUGGUCUUGUUUCCUGAAGAAAACAUCUCUAGGAGAUUUAAGAGAAGAAGAUGGAGGAAACUACCUGAUGGACCCUGUGUUGCUGAGAAAACCUGGAGGCUACAAUCUUUAAAUCAAAGAAUAGAAAGGAAGAAGCUUAUUGACACAUUGAUCAACAAAACCAGGGGAACAGAGCUAAGUUACAAUUCGCCAACUUAUUCCUGUUAUUAUCCUAUGUUAGGAGGACAAUUAUUAGGUGGAACUCAAAAAGUCUGGCAAAGGAGAUACUUAAAGUGGCCUUUGGACUUCCAGGUCUUGUUCAGGAAUCUAACAGGUACUAAAGCAUCAUACCCCCACAUCAAGUAUUCUCAAAAAAGACUCCGCUGCAUAACAUCAUCGAAUCAUUCCUGCCAGAUUGCACGUUUACCCUGCACUAAACACCCCCAGAUCAUGUCUACCCCAGCACUCUGCUUCUGUCAUCAAGCUAGGUCAACAUCAUAUCUUAAACAUUGGGCCAUGGCUCCACUGAAAUCCAAGCACCAGGUUAAGAUUCUACAAAGUCCCAAACAGUCCAAAGCUAUGCCUAAUAGAGAGCCUUCAUGGAGUUUAUUUUACCUUAAGCCAUGUAUAGUGGAUGGUGUGAUUAUCCCUAAUGAAAUUGUUAAGAACAUAGUCAGUUCCAUCCCCCAGAGCAGAAUCCAUAGAGACAUCCGAAAACAGAUUCUCUUGAGGUGGAUGAGGGGGCGUCCUAAUCCUCAACCUGGCCCACGAUUGUCAUCAACUUACACAGUUUGCUUAGUUUGUGCUUCCUGGAUUCGAUAUGGCUGUUCCCAUGUUAAGGGAAGAAAAGAUCCUAAUGGAGCAAAAUUAGUGGCCAUACCCACACCUCUACCUGGUUCUGAGGGGGAAAUGGGUGUGAGAUUAGUUCUCCAAAUUCCACAAUCAAAACCAAGCUCCAUUUCUUGCCUUCCAUGUCAUAGCUAUGAAGAGCAGCACCCUCAGGCUUCUGCAGAAGAACAUGAUACACUGACCAUACCUGAGGGAGAAAGGAAUCAGGAAGCUCUUAUCCUCACUGAGUCUGCUUCUACAUCUACACUCCCGACUCCCAACAUUGCAAUACAAUCAGUGACUCCUGCUAUUCAACCCCAGAGCAUCAACCACCAGUUCCAGGGUGUUAAAUGGCUGCUUUAUAUAAAAACGAUGACUGGGCCUCUGCCUCAGUAUCCACCUUCUUCACUUUCUUCUUCCUCAUCUUCCCCCUUCUCUCCAUCAUCUUUCUCAGACUGUGUCUCCUUUGAAUCAUUUAUUUACCAUCGAUUGCCUCCAGGAGUCUAUUGGCUUGAUUUUAUCUACAGCAAAGAUUACCAAACAAGGGACAAAAGAAUCUCUGAAAGACACCAGCCCUCAGGAGGAAAAAUGCCUGCAAGUAGCACCACCAAAAAACUGCCUAGAGAAAAAGCAACAACAGGAUCUGGGACAUUUCUCAAAGCAGUCCUGGAAAAAUUUCAAAAUAACAUUUUCAAAUUAAAUUAACAUCUUUUCUCCUUAAAAAACAAAACAAAA